GAGUGCUGAGUGUUGCGUUUUGGCGAGUCGGGAGCGGGAUUGCCGCUGUUAUUGACACACACAUUCUCUCAACUCUAUCUCUCAACAACUUGGAACCCGUGUCUCUUAAGUAAACUCUAUUUACUAAUUAUAAAAACCACUUUGAAUUUCUCUUCUUCCUUCUGCAAAAUGGCGUUCGGUUUCGGAUCAUCCAAAGAUGAAUCCAAGGGUUUCAGGUUCCUCUUGCUGCUCGCACUCUUGUACGGCCUCUUGUCCUUGCUUGCCUACUCCGUCCUCUACAUGAAGUUCGUUAAUCCCCUCGGAACCCACGCCCCUCUCGAUCGAUUCUCCGAAGCCAGAGCCAUCCAACACGUUCGGGUCUUGGCGCAUGAGAUCGACGGUCGUCAAGAAGGACGGCCUGGAUUGAAAAAAGCAGCCAACUAUAUUGUAGACCAGUUAGAAUCAAUAAAGGGGCGAGCUAGCUCCAAAUUCAGAUUUGAGAUUGACGAGACUACGGUAAGUGGCUCCUUCAAUAUGCUCUUUUUGGGGUUCAACAUAGCUCUGGGAUACAGAAAUCUUCCUAAUAUUGUUGCGAGGAUUUCAUCUGUAGAUUCGAGAGAUACUGAUCCGUCAAUUUUAGUGAAUGGACAUUUUGAUAGCCCCCUUGGUUCCCCUGGCGCUAGUGAUUGUGGUUCAUGUGUUGCAUCAAUGAUAGAAAUUGCAAGAUUAAUUGUGGACUCUGAUUGGGCUCCCAGCCACCCAGUUAUUUUUCUUUUUAACGGCGCUGAAGAACUUUUCAUGUUGGGUUCACAUGGGUUCAUGAAGACUCAUAAAUGGCGUGACACAAUAGGAGCUUUUAUAAAUGUAGAGGCUUCUGGGACCGGUGGACCUGAUAUGCUUUGCCAAUCUGGACCCAGUUCUUGGCCUUCUAGUAUCUAUGCAGAAGCUGCAAUAUACCCUAUGGCUAACAGUGCUGCUCAGGAUGUUUUUCCUGUUAUCCCUGGGGAUACAGAUUAUCGAAUAUUUUCUGAAGACUAUGGGAAUAUUCCUGGCCUUGACAUUAUCUUUCUCCUUGGUGGUUAUUUUUACCAUACCUCCUAUGAUACAGUAGAGAGGCUAAUACCUGGAAGCAUGCAAGUACGGGGGGAUAAUUUAAUCAGCAUAAUAAAGGCUUUUACUAAUUCUUCCAAGUUACAAAACGCAUACCAAAAUAAUUCAAGUGAAGAUAGUGCUGGCAUAUUCAAUGAUGAGCGGGCGAUUUUCUUUGAUUACCUGUCAUGGUUUAUGAUAUUCUAUUCCAGAAGGGUAGCUAAAGUUCUUCACACUGCUCCCAUCUUCUUCUUCCUUGUUAUGUCCGUUAUCUGUGGUAGUUCGUAUUCUUGGUUAGCAACUUUUUGUGAUUUCAUAAAAGGAUUUCUAUUCCAUGCGCUUGGGAUUAUAUUUGGAAUUGUUGUUCCUGUUGCAUUUUCAUUGUUGAGAUUGUUGUUUUCGUCUCAGACAAUGAAUUGGUUUGGUCAUCCAUACUUGGCUUUCAUGAUGUUUAUCCCUUGCUCCCUUGUUGGUCUUUUAAUUCCAAGAAUUAUCUGGAGACGCUUUCCUCUUUCUCAUGACAUUUCAACUGUCAAGACAUCAAAAGAGGCUCUAUGUGAUGAAGCAAGGUUCUGGGGAGCAUUUGGGUUCUAUGCCGUAUUAACUUUGGUUUAUCUUGUAGCUGGGUUGACUGGAGGUUUUCUGACUUUUUUAAUAUCUGCAUUCAUGCUUCCUGCAUGGGUAUCCUACUGCUUAUCAGUCAAAUCCUUUGGACGCCAAUCACUCAGAUCAACUAUGUUUUACAUAUUACCACUAGUUCCAUGCCUUGCCUAUACUGUUUAUUUUGGCGGCUUUCUUGUCCAGUUUCUAAUAGAGAAGAUGGGCAUGAUGGGUUCUCUUCCUCCUCCAUAUGGGCACUAUGUUCCUGAUGUCAUUGUGUCUGCAUUAGUUGGUGUUGUAACUGGUUGGUCCAUGGGUCCUCUAUUGCCCAUUUGUGGGCAGUGGCUAGCCAGGUCAUCCAUCUUGCAAUUUCUGCUGCAUCUCAGUGUGUCUGCUUUGGCAUUAUCAUCUCAGUUCUUUCCUUAUGCCAUGUCUGCACCGAAGAGGAUUGUUUUUCAGCAUACUUUCCAUACUGAAGGUACAAAUAGGAUUGUGGAAUCCACAUAUGAUUUUGCUGUAACUGAUUCCAAUUCAUUACUUUUCCUUUUCAAAAAUGCACCUGAGUUGGCAAAGGAAUUGAAUGUUCCUUCCGAAUUUUCAUUUGAAUCAGCAUCGCUUUCUAAACGCCAAGAUUGGAUGGCAAUUUUUCCAGUCAGUUUUCUCUUUUCAAAUAGUCUGAAGUUCCCUGCAAAAAGUGAUGAUAUUGUGAAGCAGUAUGAAUUCUUUCCCAUGUUAUCUGUUCAGAAUCAACACUUACAUUCUGAAAAGGGACCAAGGAGAGUCCACUUGGAGCUCUAUUUAGGUUCCCUAGAAGAGGUCUGGGUUGCAGUUCUUAACAUCACUGGCCCUUUAUCCAGUUGGUCAUUUGCUGAUAAUACCCUUCCAGGAACCGAAACUCAUGAUGGUGGUCCACCAUCAUAUAUUUGUAGGCUUAGCGGAUCCAGUGAUAGGAAUUGGACCUUCUGGUUAGAGGCCAACAGUUCUGAACCAUUAAGAGUGAAUCUGGCGGUUUUAGACCAAAAAUUGGUUGAUCCAGCAAAGAGAUUAAAGGGUCUUCUCCCGGACUGGGUGGACGCUGUUACUUAUUCUAGUUUUAUGUCCAGUUAUACCUUUUAACUUUUUGUUAGCAUCCUUUGUAGGGUAUUCUUGUUCUGUGAUUAAUUUUGUACAGGAUAGCCUUAGGAAUUGAUACAAUAAUUUGCGAAUUUAUUUAUUGUCACAAAUCCAUUUCCAGCAUGGGAAUCUGUAGUUUUUGUACAAUGGUGUGUAGUUUCUUAGCAGAAAGUAAUAACAUGAUAUUUACAGGCUUCAGAGCUAAACCAAAAUGUGAUGACAU